GUUCUUGUUGAAUUUUGUCAGGAUACCUACCAUAAAUCAUAAAUGUUGUCAUGUACCUACUAAUGUUUGUAGAAUUCACUUGAAUUCAUACUAAAUUACAAGGUAAUUUGUUAUAAUAAAAAAUGGACGUUGGUGAACAUUAUACCCGUCGUUAUCCGUACAGUGUGGUUUGGACUCCGAUACCAUUUAUAAGUUGGUUAUUUCCAUUUAUUGGUCAUAUGGGAAUCACUACAUCAACUGGGGUAAUACGAGAUUUUUCUGGAUCAUUUUAUGUUGCUGAAGAUGAUAUGGCCUUUGGAUACCCUACUAAGUACUGGCAGUUGGAUAUAAGAACUAUAAUUGGUGGUUCUAAAGCAUGGGAUAAAGCUGUCAAUGAAGCAUCCAUUGAAUAUUUCAAUAGAAUGCACAACCUACUAUGUGAUAACUGUCAUUCCCAUGUUGGCAUGGCAUUGUCGUUAAUGAAUUACAGUAAAAGCAAAAAUUGGAAUAUGGUUAAAUUAGCUUUGUAUACUUUUAUUUUUGGAAAAUAUGUGAGUUGCAGUGCAUGGCUUAAAACGUGGGGCCCAUUCAUCAUUUUUAUGUUUGUGUGUUUUGGACUUUAUUCAUUUGGAAAAUAUUUCUAAUACAGUUACUCUGCGAGGAAACUUUUUAUAUUUUAUAAACAAUAAAAUUGUAUUAAAAUGAUCUUGUAAGUAAUGUUAUUACAUUUUUUAAUGUAUAUUUUAUAAACUAUAUUUUAUACAGUAUGAUACAAAAUAAUACAUUAAAAUAUAUUUUAUACUUUUUUAAAUGCAAAAUCAAUUAUUUUAAGAAUUUAUCAUUAUUUUAUAUUAUCUUUUUUUUUAUAAAAUGUGUUAUAUAUAUAUUUGUAUUUAAUAUUUAUAAUCACUGAAUACUUUUAAAAAGCUGUCUUAUGUGUUAUCCAAAUUUGUAACAUAACAUAUUAGAUCAAAAUAUGUACUUUGUGUCUUAUUUUUUCAUAAAUUUAUUUUGUAUAUUAGCACUUUACUCAUUUUUAAUUAUAUUGAAAUAAAUACAUAUAAAGGUGUGUUACAUACUUAUAUAACGAAUAUGUCAAAAAAUUACUACUUACAAUUGCCAUUUUUAUACUCAGUAAUGGGAUUACACAAAUAUACCUAUAUAACUUAGGUCUUAGAUUACUGGGUUACUGAUUAUAAAUUUAACUUUCAAUUAAAUGUAUACUCAGUUAUGUAAAUAGCAAAUAUUUAUAUAAAAAAUACAAAUUAUAGUAACAGAAAAAAUUGAUUUUUAGUACCUAUUAAAUGUAUAACAUAAUAAAGACAAUUUUUGUACAUUACC